GUUGAAUCGAAACGAACUGCGGGGAGAAUUUUUAUCACCGACCUUCGGGGAGACUCUGCUGGAAAAGCAAGAGCUUUCCAAAAAAUCCUUCCACGCGACCGCACCACCCAGCCAUUCCCUGGACGACAUACGGAGACUCUCGUCUGAGUCGCCGAUGGCGGCUUUGGAGCGGAAACGAACCGAGCCGGCCAUGCACACCGCGCUGGAGGAUUCCAUGCUUAGGGCGCAGGGUUUGUACGCGACUGCCUGGGCAUAUCAAGCGGAAAAAAAAACGAUUGGUGUCCCUGUCCAAUUUAUCAUGCAAAACAUUAAGUAGAGUCCGUUCUUGUCAUGCUAAAGAUGUACGGAGGUCAUGGAUUUUUUUUUCUUUGGAUCAAGCGCAGGCGGCGUUCACCCUGGAGCAGACCAGUUACGCGAUGAUCGAAAAGGGCCUAGCGCGGGACGG